GGAUUUCUUACAGACUUAGAAACCUCAUUGAAGCCGAGCUUGAGAAACGACCACAUUUAAUCCCUUCGAAUCCAGCACCCAACCCAUCCUCGCCGUCAUGCUGUCCCGACAGGCAAUCCGCUCAAUUCGGGCUGCGGCUCCUCAGCGGUCCCUUGCCCGGGUUCCCAUGCGUUCUUACGCCGCUGCCGCUGCCGCCUCUACUCAAACAGUCAAACCCCCCGUCGCCGUCUACGGUCUCGACGGUACCUAUGCCACUGCCCUGUACACGGCGGCCGUGAAGUCUUCCUCCCUUGACCCGACAGCAAAGGCUCUGAGCACCCUAGGCGAUCUCGUCUCCAAAGAUGCCAGGCUCGCCGCAAUCCUAAGCAAUCCCACCCUUUCCGACAAGGACAAGAGCUCCAUCGUCGCCGAGUUACAGAAGAACGUGGGCGCCGCGAGUGCGAACGAAACUGUCAAGAACUUCCUCGCGGCUCUUGCUGAGAACAACCGCUUUGGAAUUCUCGAGGGAAUCUGCGAGAAGUUUGCCCAGAUCAUGAGCGCGUCCCGAGGAGAGGUUGAGUUAAUCGUUACCAGCGCCCAGCAAUUGGACAACAAAAUUCUCUCCCGCCUAGAGUCUGCCGUCUCCAAGUCUCAAUACGUUGGACAGGGCAAGAAGUUGAAGGUCACCAACAAAGUCAACCCGGACAUCGUUGGUGGACUUGUCGUGGAAAUUGGUGACAGGACAAUCGAUCUCUCCGUCUCAUCCAAGCUUGCCAAGAUGAACAAGCUCCUCACGGACACUCUGUAAACUAUUCUCUUUUGUGCGAGCGAGGGAGCUGCUACGGAGAGACGAUUUGCAACGGGAAGGUUGGUUCUCCGUUGAGAUACCAUUUGUGCAUAGGCUCGUAAAAUAGAGGAAGCAUUCGUCCCCCAUUUCCGGCCGUCCGUUCAUAGAACUACCUACGUAAUCGAGAACAUUUUUACCUACUUAAACGAAGUACUAAUAUAGAAGAAGCCAAGGUCUUCUACACAUAGGCGUUGUCAAA